UGAAGAGGGUCUUCCGAUAAAACCACUCACUUACCAUGAGGAUGUCUUUGAGCCAACAUAUAUUUCAUUUUACGAUCCUGGGGGCCCUUUGGGGGGCCUUAGUCUUGUCUAAAAGUCUCGAAGUGACAGAAAAAAACGAGGAUAAGAAAGAAGCCAAGUUCAGUUUCAUGAACUACAAGUUGGUGGAUGUCAUUCCUAAAGAUCAGAACCAAUUGAAAGACCUCCGAACACUCGAGUCCAUCAACGUGGUGGGUGUUGAUUUUUGGGCUGAACCUGCCCAGGUGGACCAAACCAUAAGUUUGUCAGUCGAACCCGAGGUCUAUAAAACCUUGGAAAAUUUCCUCGACCAACGAAAUAUUCAACACAACACGAAAGUGACCAACCUGCAAGAGCUGAUCGACGAUGAAAUGAAAAGCAUCCUCAAAGAAGACUUGGAUGAUUUUGGUUACCGGGAUCCCAGCUUGUCUUACUAUGACGCCAAGAGCUACAACUGCUUGAACCAGAUCACGACCCACCUCCGUGAAAUUCAAAAGCAGGAUGAUAGCCAAUCCAUGAGCAUUUCCUCGAUUGGAACCACCUUUGAAGGACGCCCGAUUGAGAUGGUGACAUUGUCCAGAUCCGAGGACUCAGCCAAAACAGAUAAGCCCAUCAUCUGGAUGGAUUGUGGAAUCCAUAGUCGAGAAUGGGUUUCGCCUUCGUUUUGUAUUUUCACGAUCAAAGAGCUUCUGGCUGAGGGGGAAGCUGGACUUUUGAGGAAAUUUGACUUCUUCAUCGUUCCCGUGGCGAAUCCGGAUGGUUAUGUCUAUUCCUGGGACGUUAAUCGAAUGUGGCGAAAGAAUCGACGAACCCCAGCAGCCAUGAUGCUCAGAAGCGGGGAUGAUCAAGUUUCAGUGGAAAUACAAAAGAUCAUAAGUUCUUGGGCAAUCGUUGAACACGAUUUGAACAAGGAUUCAGGCAUUGAGGGGUUUUAUCAGAAUAACGAGAGUGAGAUCAAGUUCGCCCAAGAUAGUAUAUCAUUGAACCAGUUCCAGCCAGGUUCAAUAUUCCCUGGUUUUCCUCAAGCCCUUCAAGCUAACCAAUCAGCUGGAUUUCCCUCUUGGAAUGGAUCCCGAAAUUCAUGGUUGCCAUCAGGUCAAUCCAAUCCAAAAUGUUCAGGAGUCGAUCCAAACCGCAAUUUCGAUAUUGCUUGGGCACAAAUUGGAUCAUCAAACUCAAUAUGCCACGACACUUUCCAUGGGCCCAAGGCUUUUUCAGAGGCAGAAACAGUGGCCAUUCGAGACAUUAUUCUGAAUACUCAAACAAAUGGACGUGAGUUUGCCUCAUUCAUUACCAUACAUGCAUAUUUCCAAUUCUGGUUGUCCCCCUAUGGUUUUAAGAAAAUUCGCUCAAGUGACUACUUGGAUCAAUCACGAGUUAUGAAGAAAGCUGUGGAAGCUUUGAGGCAAGUUUAUGGCACAUCCUUCCAACAUGGUCCCAUAAACGAAGUGAUUUAUCAGGCUUCUGGAAGUAGCGUGGAUUGGGCUUAUGAGAAGGCUGGAAUCAAGUAUUCUUAUGCAUUGGAAUUGCGGGACCAGGGAAAAUAUGGGUUUCUUCUCCCAGUGGAUCAAAUUGAGCCCACAAACACAGAAACGUAUGCCGGCUUGAAAGCCAUGGGUUGGGAAAUUGCCAAGGAAUAUUCGUAAAGACCACUUAUUUGUUUGACAAUCGUGAAUAAGUACUCUGUGAAUGCUAAUAAUAAAAGUGAUUUAUUUCUCUAAUUAAAUUGGGAGUCAUAGGAGAGGUUUCUUUAAAUGAGUACCAGAGUG